CAUUCCUAUCUACGAGCUACAAAGAAGUAGUCAGGCAAGAAUCGACACGAUUUGAUUAAAUUUAUUGAACAUCAUUGUCAGAUUAUUCGAAAGCCGGAACCAUGUCGAUACACGCUGGUCCUGAGGAUUCCUGGCAUGGGGUUGUGGCCGAUGGCGGGCAAUUCCCUCCCGAGGCUGGACGAUACCACCUUUAUAUUGGCUUGUUCUGUCCAUUUGCCCAUCGCGCCAAUUUGGUUCGCCAUAUCAAGGGGCUCGAGUCCCUUAUUGACAUCUCCAUUGUCAAACCAUAUCCGAAGGGAGACGACAAAGGCUGGCCUGGAUGGCAGUUUCCAACCCUGCCUGAUGAUCCUUAUGACGGAGCGACAGAGGAUCAUUUGUUCAAAUCCAAGUUCAUGCAUGAGAUAUAUUUCAAGGAUGACCCCGAGUACAAAGGAAGAUAUAGCGUUCCUCUGUUGUGGGAGAAGAAACAGGGAAAGAUCGUGAACAAUGAAAGCGCAGAGAUGCUGCGGUGGCUGCCGACAGCCUUCAACACAGUUCUGCCCGAUGGCAGCCCUAACAGUGAGCUGAAUCUCUAUCCCGAGCACCUAAAAGGUGCCAUCGAUGAGAUAAGCCUUUGGAUGCAACGAGAUCUCAACACGGGGGUCUACAAGGCCGGCUUUGCGACAACGCAGGAGGGAUACGACGAAAACGUGCCGACGGUAUUUGCGGCUUUGAACCACUUGGAGGCGCUCAUUCAUCAGAACGGCGGACCAUACAUUCUUGGCAAGGAUCUCACCGAACUCGACAUUAGAGCGUACGCGACCAUUGUUCGAUUUGACGCGGUCUACGUCCAGCACUUCAAGUGCAACCUGGGAACUAUCCGCGCGGACUACCCUGUCAUCCACGAGUGGUUGAAGAACCUUUACUGGAAUGUCAAGGGAUUCCGGGAGACAACGGACUUUAGGCACAUCAAAGAGAAUUACACCAAGAGCCACUUCAAAAUCAACCCACUCGCCAUCACCCCGAUGGGUCCGUUCCCCGAUAUUGUGGAAGGAGUUGACCUAGACUUUAGCAAGCUCAAACCCGGUGCUAUUCUGCAUCCUGUCGUGGUCCAGCGCCAGAAGGCAUUGUAUGCACCAGUCUCGAGUAAAUUCUAGUCUAAAUGUCGUCACAAGAACAAGGGUUUCGUGUAUUGCACAGCUUGCUAAAAUAAUUUUCACAUUGUUAAAUCAGAGACAAGCGCAGAUCCGUC